UGCUAGGGUUUUAAUGAAGGUUAGAAGUGUUGCAUACUUCUGGAGCUAUUUAAAAAUCCAUAAACAUUUACAUCUACAAAGGGAGAAAGGGAACUAAAACUUGUAGAUGUGACAUGUGACUGCUUUAAGUUUGCUCAUUUAGAUCCAGCCAGAGGAAGGAAACUGUGAAGCAUUAGGUGAUGCUCUUAAGGCUGAGAGCACAGAUUUCUUUAUAUAAGAAUCUCUUAAGCUAUUUUAGGUGACAGUGGACUGAUGAGGCUUCAAAGUCUGCAUUAGCUGGAAGACAGAAACCUCCAGGGAGCUGGAUUGUUGCUGUGUUUGCAUUCCACUGAGUUAGUGGCUCAGUAAAGUGAAGCUAUUGUAGGGCUGCCCAAAAUACGACAUAAAUAGAAAUUGUGCCAUGAUCAUCAAGGUCUGAGACUGCUGUUCUGGCUUUAUUAGGUAGCAGGCUCUGGUCUUUGCAGUUUCCCUGCAGAGCUUCUACCAAGUGACCUCAGUGUCAUUGUCCCCACUGCUCCAUCUGGCCGUGGCUGUCGGUCAUGUGAAGAUGACCGAGGACAAACUGAUCUCUAAAAUUCAUGGCAAUCAGCUUCCCGGUGUCAUUGCUGAGAAUGCACAUGCUGUGUGUACCUGGAGCUCCGUGGGGAAGCCUCGGUGUCUCUGUGAACUGGGCAGUGAUAAAGGGUUGGAAAUUUUCCGGCCACGGCACGUGGCUGCUCCCCAAGGGGUGUCUGCUUUUGUAACUCCUCGGUGUUAUCUUUAGUCAGUGGGCUCAUUGUGACAGUUCCUGGCUGCUGCUGCUGCACUGCAGUUUGCUGGGACACACCGGGAGCUGUGCUUUGGGCCAGCUUACGUGGCUUUUGCAAGAAACGGUAGUCAGGAAGGGAUCAGCUUUGCAGACUGCAAGGGGGAUUCCUGUUCUGCUGGGAAGCAUUACUCUGGCUUGUGGACAGAGCCUUCUUAGCCCUGGUUUUGCUCUUGGCUGCAGCUUAUCAUGUGCUGUGGAUUCCUCUAGGGUGUACGUGCAGAUAACAAUUGUGUAAGGAGAAUUUGGAGCAAACCCCAGAGACACUAAACAUGCUGGUGAUAGACUGCUUGUUUAUGUGGCAGUUGGUAGCACCCACACAGAAAACCUUACUUUUGACUCCUCUUGACCCUCGAGAACUUUAAAAUCCAGCUUGAACAGUGCAAAGAGGUGCAUGCAGCAUAAAACAUCUGUCAGGUUUUAUAGUUUAGCAGAACCUUAUCCAAGGGUGGAGGGAGCACCAGGACUGGCUUUGCCCUUGUCCUGAUUUAAUAGCAGUAUUGGUGAAGAGAAUUGUCUGAAGCUUUGUCCAAGACCUUUCCUAGGCUGGAUGUUGAAUGCAUAUAUAUAUAUAGGUGUAUAAUUUUCAGCCAGUCUAGUUGUGAUAUUUGACAGUGGUUCCUUAUCUGCUUCCUCUUCUGUAGAGAUUUACUUCCUUCAUAGUACAGUGGGGAAUUCCCUUUUUGACCUAAUAGUUCUUUGGUUUUUUUAAAGGAAAUUCAUGAUAUAUGAUUGCAUGAGUUAUCUGUCCACUUUGCUGCCUCCACAUCCUCCACAGUAAUUUUUGAACCAGUUUCAUGACAAGAUGGUCCCUCCACUCCCCAAGUGCCAUCGUGGUGCCAUGAUCUGGCAACAGACAACCUCCUUGGGAUGGGCAGGGGUGUGCGAACACUGCAUCCACAGAUAUUAAACACCAGACAUCAGAGCCCUGGAGGAGCCUUGGGCCAUGCAGCAGCUUGUUGGAAAGGGCUGAAACUCAGCAGCUUUCCUGAAAAUGGUCCAUAUCCAUCCCCAAGGGGCUGCCCCUCUCCAAGCAGGAGCUGCAGACAUGUCCAGGUAGUUGCUGUGUCACCCUCUUGCAGCAGUGUUGGGGGCCAAUAGUCACCCUGCUUCUCCCUGGAGGUAACUGCAUGUCCAGUGACAGCCGGUUAAUUGCCUGUGUGUAAUCCCCAAUGUGCUGAUGCUGCUUUGCAUGGAAACUUGGGGGCUGUGACUCCCAGAUGUGAGGCUGAAGUGCUCUGGGGAAGGCUCAGCAUUUUUUUUUUUUAACUCGGAAUUUAAAACUGAAUAAAAAGAACAUUUUUCCUUCUCAUCCUUUUGCCAACAACCUUUUUAUCAUAAGAAGAGAACCAUGUUCUCCCUUGGGUAGGCUGGUGGCUGCCAGGUCCCUGUCGGCUGAGGAGCCAGGGCCCCAGAAAGGUGACUUUGCGGUAGGGCUGGGCUGUUGUUUUACUGUUGGGCCCCUGCACAGACCUAAUAAAUCAUGCUUGCCACAUCAGCAGUAGCAGCCAGUGUCGGUCUGAGCAGCUUUAUUCCAAGAAGUGGAUAAUCCAGAUGACCAAAGUCUCUGCGAUCUGAGCUGCAAGUUCAGCUCAGCUUCAGCAGGAGCCCUGGAAGAUGCUGCUGCAGUAGCUGCUGCAUUGCCAGAGGGACCUCGCUGGAAGGAGAACAGGGGGCAAAGCCAGAUCCCACAGCCACGUGCUCACCUCCCUGGGCUGGAGAACUCCCAGCAGGGUCUUGUUCAUUCCCACUGAACAGGUGUGCUGGUCCUGGAGCUUCUGUGCUCCACAAAUGAAGCCACUCACAGGGACCUCAUUGGGAGAGGGGGAAGAGGAGGCGCAGGGACUCACCCAGGGGCGCCGGCGGCGGCAGCGGCAGAGAAUGAGCUGCCAACCCGGCCCCUCAACCCGGAGGGAGCAGCAGGCAGAGCUGUCCGGGCUCCCCACAUCUCCAGAUGAAGGCAGGAUGAGCAGUCCCCAGAGGCACUCAGAGAGGGUUUUGGCUGGGAGCCAGCAGAGUGUGGAGCAUGUCAAUGAGGUGCCAGGCAGGGACAGGCAGGAACAGGCUGCUCACACCGGGGACAGUGACAGGACUGAAGAAGAUGCAGAAACCCUGGAGGAGCCAGUGCUGAGUUUCCCCAGUGAGCUCUCCGUGCUGGACAGGCUAGGCUUGCACAGGGUGGCUUUGACAGAGCAGGAUCUGGAGGCAGCCUUUGCCCACCUCGCGCUGGCUUUUCGCUGUGACAUGUUCACCCUGCAGCAACGGGUUCAGGUGGAGAAGCGGGCACGGGAUGCAGCAGAGGAAAACAUCCAGGAGGAGCUGGGGCAGUGCCGGGCUGCCCUGGAGAGGCUGGGUCCAUCCUGUGCCAAUGUGGGCUGCAAGGAGAUGCUGGAGCAGCUGCAGCACAACCUGGCUGUGCUGUCGGCAGCUGUCGAGCGGGCAACCAGUGCUGCGGAGAAGCUGGGGGCUGUACACCAGGAGGCCCGGAUGAGCCGAGCAGCAGAGGUGAUGGUCCAGCACGUGGAGAACCUGAAGCGGCACCACAUGCGGGAGCACGCGGAGCUGGAGGAGAUGAAGCGCCUGAUCCAGCAAAACUCCCGCAACCGGCAGCUGGCAGAGACCCAGGAUGAUGUGGAGCCACGGCUGAGGCCUCACCCCCUGAAGCGAACUUUCCAGCAGGGGUCUGCCCGCCGCAGAGUCAGCAUCGCUGUCAUCCCCAAGCAGCUCUUGCCAGGUGCCAGCCCUGACAGCCGAGCAGCCCUGGCAGGUGAGACGGAGCCAGAGGGGGCCCAGCGCUGGCCCAGCACCCAGAGGAAUGAACUGGAGCCACAGGGCCAGGGCAGUGCCAUGACUGAGGAGCUGGUGGCUGAGGCAGAUGGCAGAGGCUCAAGGGCAGGGGAUGAGGAGCCAGAGCAGCUUGGGCUGACGUCCAAGGGAUCCGCAGUGGAGCUGUGGCGGCCGUGGCUCUUCCUCCCGCAGCACUACUGGGUUUUCUUCUGGCUGCUUCUCCUGAGCAUCGCCUUCCUCCUCCUCAUCCGUGUCCUAGAGCUGCAGCGGCUGCAGUCUGCAGCAUCACCCAAGGCCUAGCUAGACCAGGGAGGGGAAGGCAGCUGGGAGGUGUCACUGCUCCUUCCCCAUGCCAUAAAUCACCAAAACUCUAGAAUAAUAAAGUUAGAGGAAAAAUGGGAGAGUUGUAAUGCUGGAGCGGGUGGAACACCCUGUGGUAGGAGCUAAGGUAUGGUUGGCAGCACCAUAUAAGCAUGAAGGGUUCAGGGAGCUGCAGCAGUCCUCACUGACGCCGUGAGUUUGCCUGUAGUCAGCACACUGAGGGGUGCAGGUGUGCCCCCACACAUCCCCUCUGCUGGGGACAGACUGGGCUGCCCACAGCCAUGGCUUUUC